AUGACUGCUGCUGCUGCUGCUCCUCCUGCUCCAGCCCCUCAAACCACGAGAAUGAAACUCGAAGUCGAAACGAGACAGCUGCAACGGUCCUGGAGAGAGUUCCACGAGUCUCUGCGCUACCAGGACCACCACCAGCAGCAGCGACCUCCCCAGCCAGACGAUCUCGUCCGCGAGAUCGCAGAGGAAAUCCAGUACUGGUCCUCGCACCGGCAGCGAGUGCUGUUCCGGAAAGCAAUCAAAUGGGCCCAGAAAUGUCUCGAUACCAUGGACGCCCACGCAGUGUUGAUGCAGACUCUGCCGGACUCCAAGUAUUGUGACCUCUUCUUUGGCGUUGUAUACUCUAUCGUCAAAGCCGUCAAAGAACAGUACCGAGUGGCGGAAGCUUUUCUCAAGUUUCUGGCACGAAUCAACCACGCCGUGGCAUCCGCAGUGAGCAUGGAAUGUUCGACCGAGCUGGCUGCUGCCUUGUACGGCCAAAUCUUCCUCUUUCUAGGCGAGUUUCUGCGCGACUAUGUCGCCAAAGCCCGAUGCCGUCUGCUAUAUAGCCACAACGAGGACUUCAAGUCCAAUUUCAAGAAUCUCGUGGCGAGCGUCGAGAAUCUAGCACUCAUGCGCCUCGAGUCUGCGUGUGUUGACAGCUCAUGUGCUAAUAAUCAUACCCUGGUGGAUCAUGCACAUCAUUUCGAGAAGAUCGGCUUGGAGGGGGCCGCCCGUAAACAUGCCUCGCAGACGACGACGCUUUUGCAGCUGAUUUGGAACAUGCAGCAGCAGAAAAUUCUGAAUCAAAAGCUUGCUGUUGACCAAGCGAGGAUUCUGGAUGAGUUUUUGGCCUCGUUGCAAGCACAGGUACAUCAGACCAAUGAUGGGGAGUGUCAUCUGUCGGGUACUAGUGUCAUUCAUCCGCAGAUACGUGAGCCAACAUCGUCAGAGAUCACGCCGAAACGGCGACUCGUGAAAUCUAUACUCCAACACGAUUCAUCACCGCUUCAAGACUUUUUCGAUAAUAACGAGCAAAUAUACCCGUUCGGUCCGGACCAACCCCUCGAAAUCUCUGCGCCGAUUGCCACGGCCUUGUUCGACUGGGCUCAAACAAACCCGUCUCCUCCGCUGGCUAUUGCAGGCUCUGCAGGACUCCCCAGUCGACUGACAUUAGUCUCAGCAUGCUACAUAUUCGUUGCCCGCAAGCACAACAUACCGGUCAUAUCGCAUUUCUGUGCAUCGUCGCCGCGGGCCAGCAAGAAGGAUGGCCUGAUAGCCCUUAUCUACAGCCUGAUACGCCAGUUGAUCGAGCUCGCCCCACCCAUGUUGAACUGUGACAGUAACUGCGAUCUGAGCGGUGAGCGGUUUCGACGGCUUGACGGGACAAUAGGCUCGUUGGCUGAUGCGUUGUCCAUUCUCGAUACGCUGCUACACUAUAAACCGCCGGUAUUGUUCUGCGUUAUUGAUUCGUUGGAUGUUUUGGUGGUUGAUUAUAACAACAACAACAACAACAACACCAAUAACAAUAAUAAUCAUAUUAGUGACCAAGAGGACCAAACGGAGCAAUACGUCAAGUCUUUGGUGAGUAUGUUGGCGUCGCAUACCCAAAUCACAACCACAAUCACAACAGCGACACAACAAAGUUCUACUUCCUCCUCUUCGGGACUCAUAAAAGUGUUGUUCACAACGACAGGUCCGUGCAAUGCUAUUCAAUGCACACUUGUCGGGCAAGGACUGGGACAGGCGAUUACGACAGACCCGAUGCAUACUCAGAGCAUUACUGACGACGAUACGAUCAUGACAGAAGGAUAG